AUGAAGAACCGUACAAGGCACACAGAGUUUAUCCUUCUGGGACUGACAGAUGAUUCCCAGUUACAGAUUCUAAUUUUUUUGUUUCUGCUUCUAAAUUACACGUUGAGCAUGAUUGGAAACUUAACCAUCAUUGCCCUCACUCUGGUGGAUUCCCAUCUCAAGACCCCAAUGUAUUUCUUCCUCCGUAAUUUCUCUUUCCUGGAAAUUUUAUUCACAAGUGCUUGUAUCCCCAGAUUCCUAAUCACCACUGUAAACAUAGAAAAGACGAUUUCUUAUAUUGGUUGCAUGUCUCAGUUAUUUUUUUACAUAUUCUUGGGAGUUACAGAAUUUUUCCUUCUGGCGGCUAUGUCCUACGACCGCUAUGUUGCCAUUUGCAAGCCUUUGCAUUAUACAUCCAUCAUGAGCAGCACAAUCUGUCAUCAGCUGGUACUCAGUUCUUGGGCAACUGGAUUCUUGGUUAUUUUCCCUCCACUGAUUUUGGUUCUUCACCUGGAUUUCUGUGAUUCAAAUGUCAUUGAUCAUUUCAUUUGUGAUAUUUCUCCUAUCCUACAACUUUCUUGCUCAGAUACACAUUUACUAGAAAUGAUUGAAUUUUUAUUAGCUGUGAUAAUCCUCAUGGUCACAUUGCUAUUGGUAAUUCUUUCUUACUCUUACAUCAUCAACACAAUUCUAAAAUUCCCUUCAGCCCAACAAAAGAAAAAAGCCUUUUCUACCUGCUCUUCUCACAUGAUUGUUGUAUCCAUCACUUAUGGUAGUUGUAUAUUCAUCUACAUAAAGCCCUCAGCAAAUGAAAGGAUCACUUUAAACAAAGGAGUGGCUGUAUUAAAUACUUCAAUUGCCCCUUUGUUGAACCCAUUCAUUUAUACUCUGAGGAACCAGCAAGUUAAACAAGCCUUCAGAGAUGUAUUUAGAAAGAUAUUUUCUGCUUCAGACAAGUAA